UACCUCGAUUGUCAUGGGGUUCUUUUGAGCGUUAAGGUUCGCCGUGGUGCUGGGGAGUGUUAGCCAUUUGGUCGGUGGAAUGCUAACCCACAUUGCAGUAGACUUCGCCACGUUAAGUUAGCAUCGGCUAACAUGCUACAGCUGAUACCAUGCCUGGCAAACCAGCGGGUGCCUUUGCUAUCAACAAUAUCUAAACACCAAUUUCAAUUUUAAUUCAACUCCAUUGUUGAGACGGUCGUGGACAAUGUGUAUAUACGCUCGGCAUCUCGUAUUAACCCAUUAUAGCAUCUGGACAACGAUGUCUACCUCAGGUGAAUACUGGCUUGAUGUUUCAACAAUGCCUAUAGUGGAUAAACUCAAGGAGGCGCUGAAGCCUGGACGUAAAGAGACGAGUGAUGAAGGCGACCUCAACAAGCUCCUGGCCUCUUCUGCUAAGAAAGUUCUCCUGCAGAAGAUCGAGUUUGAACCCGCGAGCAAGGGUUUCUCGUAUCAACUGGACAGCCUGAAGAACAAGUAUGUGAUCCUGAAUCCUAGGAACGAGGGUGCUACAGGACAGAAGGGCUCUGAAUCUGUUCAAAUCAAGCGGCAAGUUUCAGAGAAUAACAUCGUGGGCCAGAGCGAUGGGAUCCCUGCCCCUCAGAAAAUGCUGUUCCCUGCGAACAAGCUGACUCUAAAAUGGGAGCGGGUGUACAGGGUGGGAGCUGGCCUCCAUAACUUGGGAAACACCUGCUUCCUCAACUCCACAGUGCAGUGUCUCACCUACACUCCGCCACUUGCCAACUACUUGCUCUCAAAGGAGCACAGCCGAGCCUGUCACCAGUCAGGGUUUUGCAUGAUUUGUGUAAUGCAAAACCAUAUCAUCCAAGCGUUCGCCAACACAGGGAACGCCAUCAAGCCUGUCUCGUUCAUCAGAGACCUGAAAAAAAUUGCCAGGCAUUUUCGCUUCGGUAGCCAAGAAGAUGCCCAUGAGUUUUUGCGCUACACCAUUGAUGCCAUGCAGAAAGCCUGCCUUAAUGGCUACCCUAAGCUGGACAGACAGACCCAGGCAACAACGCUGGUCCACCAGAUCUUUGGAGGUUACCUCAGGUCAAGAGUGAAAUGCUCAAUCUGUAAGAGUGUGUCGGACACCUAUGAUCCGUAUCUGGACAUCGCCGUGGAGAUCAGACAAGCUGUAAACAUUGUACGAGCCUUGGAGCUGUUUGUUAAACCAGAUGUUUUAAGCGGCGAGAACGCCUACAUGUGUGCCAAGUGUAAAAAGAAAGUGCCUGCAACCAAGCGCUUCACAGUCCAUCGAACAUCUAAUGUGCUGACCCUCUCACUGAAGCGUUUCGCCAACUUCAGCGGAGGAAAGAUAACAAAGGAUGUCGGCUACCCCGAAUUCCUGAACAUCCGUCCGUACAUGUCUCAGAGCUCAGGUGAUCCGGUAAUGUACGGCCUCUACGCGGUGCUGGUGCACUCCGGCUACAGCUGUCAUGCUGGCCACUACUACUGCUAUGUCAAGGCAAGCAAUGGGCAGUGGUACCAAAUGAAUGAUUCCAUGGUUCACUCUAGCAACAUCAAAGUUGUUCUGAACCAGCAGGCUUAUGUGCUUUUCUACCUAAGGAUUCCUGAGCCCAAGAAGAAUGCUGAUGGACAAAUCACAAAGCAAGCAAUGAUGCAUGCUGGGAAAAAUGGCGUUUCAUCUGAGCAAAUCAAGCGGACCAACCUCAACGGUCCUCUGUCCUCACCGCAGGUGACAAAGAAGCUCGAGCCUGCGCAGCUCCGUAAAAUCCAGUCGAUGGACGGAGGUCUGGGUCUGCCCGUGUCCAGGAAUGGUGUUAACACACAGCCGCAGCCCAGACUCUCAAACUGGGCGUCGUCCUCCAGUGGGCCGCCCAAGUUGCCCAGCGGGCCCACGGUCAUCGACGAGCCUUUCAAGAAAGUGAAGAAACCCGCCCCUCCAAGCCAAGCCCAGUCUCGCAGCGGCACCCCGACGCCGUCCAACAAUGGGGUUAGCCGGACUGACGGAGAUAAGAAGCAAGUUUGCGAGAGCAAAGGCAUGGCAGCGUCUACCUCAAUCAAGUCUUUGUCCGACUCGUCGUCCGCUGACACCACCGAGUCAAAGGACGUCAACGGCCCAAAAAGCGCCCCUGUCGGCGAGUCGCCGUCCACCCCUCGCAAAAGCUCCAUCUGUCCUGCGUCCCCAGCCAAGAGUUUGGAGCGUUCCCAGAGCGCUGAGGAGCAGAAGGGUGUGAAAAUGAAGCCCCCGGCCCUCAGCAACCUCACGUCCGAAGCCACCAGCACCAUGUCACCUCCGCCGGCGAAGAAACUGGCACUCUCAGCCAAGAAGGGUCACAGUCGGACUCCGAACAACACUGAUUUACCCACUUUGCCAAAACACCAGUCCAGUGAUCCCACUCAUCAAAACCCUCUUAAUUCUCUCACACAUGCCUGUAGUGAUACUAAGAGACCCGAUCCAUUCCAUUCUACAAAACUCAAGUCAUCGCCUUUCACCACCUUCCAGCAGCUGAAUCAUCAGAAACUGUCCACUGUGUCGAAACCAAAAGUUAGUCUCACUCACAAAAUGAAAGGGCUUCACAGUCCCGAAUCAAAGAGCCCAGUGUCCUCCAAUAACUCCCAAAAACGAGAAGCCGACACGCCAGAUUCUUCUGCCGUGCGCAAGAAGAAGAAAAAGAAACGUCGACAUUCUGAAGUGGAAGGGGAUACUUUUAAGACCAACGCGGCGUCUCAGCCUGACACUGUCGAUCCUGCCAGUGAAAAGAGGAAGAAGAAGAAGAGGAGAAAGAGGAAGAUUGAGAGCUCAGAGGCAGCGGCGGCGAGCGAGUGUGUCCCUUCUCACAUCGAUGCACAGGACCAGGAGGAGAGCUGGUGUCAGGCCGGGAUGUGGAGUUUGGCAUCGGAUGCGGAAACAAAAAAUUCCAAGCAAAAUAAUAUAGAUGAUUCCAAACCGUUGGAGUCGAGUCAAACAGCAGAUAGAAGAGAAGAGGAGAACUCUAAGAAGAAGAGGAAAAAGAAGAAAAAGAUGUGUUUGGAGGUCAGACUGGAGACGUCAGUGUCACAGAGCGGUAAGUUGGAUUCAAAGCGAGACCCUCAGGACAAUACUGAAGAGUCAGUGACUUUGAAGAGGAAAUUAAAAAACAAGAAAAAUAAGUUAAAGGACAAGGUGAAGUUCAGGGAAACAGGCAAACCUGGAGCAGAUGAUGAGAGCAACCUGUCUGACGGAGCAGAGCCCUCUUCCAAAGUCAUCUCCUCAGAGAGGGUCAACAACUCCAAAGAAAGUAAAGCCCCAGUUGUUGUCUGGGACAGUCAAGUGAAGGACGGAUACAAGCGAUGCCAGGCGCCAGCUGCCGAUGACGGUGACGGCGCCCCAAAAGCUGCUGCUCCAGUGGCCUGGGAUGGGAAAAAGACUCUCGAUGUGGUGCAGGAACUGCUCCAGAAUUCCACAGACAAGGCCUACGGAGCUAAUGUGCUCACUUGGGACGGAGACGUGUCCACUAUCAGCAGAGAUGCUAUAGAAGAUGUGCACCGUGCCAAGAGAGAUACAGUGAUCGACGAGUGGGAUGAAGAGUUUGACAGAGGAAAGGUAAAGAAAAUCAAAAACUACAAGAAAGAGAAGAGAAACUGCAGCAGCAUCUUCCAGAUGAUCCAGGACAGGCGGAGCAAGUGGUUGGUGAGGCCCGGAGCAAAGAAAGUUUUUGGAAUUCGUCGCUGAGCCUGUGUGACGCUCAGGAAUAUCUGGUGUAGAAUCCAAAAUAAUAAUAAUAAUAAUGUGCUCACCAUCAAUUGAAAGUGAUACAGUCCUUCCAUCUCCCAGCCACUGAGCUCCCCGGUGGGCUCCUUAAAUCAUUUUCUUCAAGCUUCUAUAAACUUUUAAAAGUCAGUAAACAUCCAGUCUAACUUUGAAUUAGUCAUGAGGUGAUUAUCAACUCCCAUAGAACAUAUUACACCUUGAUUUAAAACACCUUUUAGUUGGCUUUAUUCUUUACUUUUAUCCCCUCAAGUAUGUUUUUUUUCUGUAUCUGUGCCAAUGAAUUUUUAGGACCAGAUUUGCCUCAUACUUGGGUGCAAAAUUAAAGUCUAAAAAGACAAGUAGUUUCUUACGUGUGCAUGUCUUCGAUUCUUUUUUUGUGUGUUUUAUGAUGAAGUUUUAUAUACCUUUAUGUUAUUUUUAAUUGAGAUUCAGUUCUGAUAUAUUUUGCGGGUAUAUUCUUGCUUUGUGUUAACAAUCCACUUUUGGCACAUUACACCAAACUGUUGUCUUCUGACGGUGCAAUAGUCAUUUGCACGUUUGUCGUUGCUGGAUGAGAGCAGCGAUUAUUUGUGUGUGUUGAUAUUGUUCAUCAUCUGGUUUCCCUGUUUUCUUAUACUUCUAUGCAAUAUUCUGGUUGUCACCUCCAAACUGGGCCAAGACUCAGGAACCAAAACGUUGUUUAUCACCUGAACCCUUUCAUGGUGUUCAUCCAAGCCUUGCCAUGGACCACUAUCUCAUCUUGUCCAUCCUGUAGAAACACUUUUUAUAGCAGUAUUUCAGGUGUCCAGGCACGAAUGAGUAGCAAAAGACAUUUUUCCAGUUUAGAUGACUGUACAGUUCAUCUUGUGCUACCUGUGCUUACCUCGCUGUAAAGACUCGGCCAGCACAUUUCCAUCCUAGACAUGUUGCCUUGAAUCGGCUUUAAAAGAGUAGGAUUUAAUGUUAUAAAUAUCGCGGUUUAAGGACUUGCUACUUGGAUGAGUCGGUGGAUGUUAACUUGAAUAUUUCUCUGCAGAUGUUUAUGUAAAAGAGCAUUGUGUGUUUUCAUGUGAAACGUUGUCAUGGUCACCGUAGUGUGUAGAGGGGAGGACGCCCCGGUUUCUGAGGACACUAGGCCGGACGUGACUCUCCACAUGACCCGCGGAACCAGUAUGGAUGGAUGAUUCACAUGUUCACUUCGCCUUUUCUGAUCUGGUUGGAGGACUUUCAUAAUGAAAGUCUCUCCGGCCACACUAUUGUUUAAUUUAAAGGUGCAAUAAAGUUGUGGGGUUGUUCUGUUUA